UUGAGUUCCAGUUUUCUUAAUUUCAUUUUUAUCUUAACUUUACCGACUUCUCAAAUAACCGAUCAAAGAUGAAUAAUUUAAAUGAGAAAGAGAGAAGUAUCUUUGCGAUCUAGAAGCAACGGGGCAUGAGGUACGCACUGCACUAUUCAUCACGCGCACAAUGAUCAGACUAUUCACAGGUGGAAGGAUGCCUGGAACACGAGCGCAAGCGCAGGUUCUGCGACCUUGCAAUCAAUGCCGCGCGUCCACCUCGUGCAGUCUUCAGUGGAACCUGUCAUUGCGAACAUGGAAAACUCACAGAACGAGCGUGUGGUGUCAUCGAACGCGAGUUACCAGCAAAAUAUACGAUACAUCUUCAAGCCCGGUAACUGGAUCCUCGGCUCAAUCGGCAUCUGGCCUAUCUAUGGAAUCGGACGACAUGCGUCAAAAAUCGCGAUCGUGCUGUGUAAUUUUGCGUUAGCCUUUGCAAUAAUACCUUGCGUUCUGCAUAUGAUCUACGACCAGAAGGACCUCAAUAUAAAACUGAAGCUCUUCGGAUUGCUGGGCUUUUGUACCACUGCAAUGAUGAAGUAUUGCGUUCUCGUGAUACGUCGACCCAAGAUAAUGCGUUGCAUCGAGCACGUGAAGAAUGACUGGUGGCAGGCGAAAUUCAGCUCCGAUCGCGAAUUGAUGCUGAAAUACGCCACUACCGGCCGUAGACUAUCUAUGAUCAGCGCGACUUCCAUGUAUUUCGCCGGCUUCAUUUUUCAUCUGGUUCUACCAUUUUGCAUUGAGCACAAGGUUGACAAUCAAACCAUUCGACCACUCGUGUAUCCAACUUACAGUAAGUUUUUCAAGGCGCAGGCAAGCCCGAUAUACGAAAUAGUAUAUCUAGCCCAUUGCGUGUGCGGAUACACUAUGUAUUCUGUUACGACUGGAUCGUGCGGAUUGGCAGCGAUAUUCGCCACUCAUGUAUGUGGCCAGAUCGAGGUGAUCAUAUCUCGACUCGAAGAUCUUUCGCAUGGCAAAAACUUUGAACAACUGCCGAAUGUCAAUCAACGAAUCGCUCUCAUCGUGAAAAGUCACGUUCGAAUAUUGAGAUUUUCUGCUGCUGUUGAAGAAAUUCUACAAGAAGUGUGUUUAUUGGAAUUCGCCAGUUCUAUAUUCACAAUGUGUUUGCCCGAAUAUUACUGCAUAGUGGACUGGCAAGAAAGCGACACAGUAGGAUUAACGACUUAUUUUCUGCUCUUUGUUUCAUUCUGCUUCAAUAUGUAUAUAUUAUGUUACAUUGGAGAACAACUCGUAGCAAAGAGCAGUCAGAUCGGUACGAGAUGUUUCAUGAUUCGUUGGUACCAGCUGCCGGCAAAGUCAAUGCGUAGUCUAAUUUUAGUGAUCGCAAUGUCCAGUCAUCCUAUAAAGAUCAGCGCCGGCAGAAUGAUAGAUUUAUCACUGGCGACAUUCGGAAAUGUACUCAAAACAAGUUUGGCAUACCUGAGUCUUCUUCGAACGUUAGUAGUGUGAAUGUAACAAGAAUAUUACGGUAAAUGCAUAAAGGGAUAAUAUAAAAAAUGUGACGUCUCCUUCAUCAUAGAAUUCUCAUAAAUCAAACGAAUCAUGUAUAGCGAUGGGACACAGAUGUCAGCUGAUUGCCGAUGAUUUUUACCGAUUGCUGGUGAUCUUUAAAUUGCUGCUCAGAAAGACACAGGUUGACAGUGCUUUCCACAAACAAGAAAAUGUGACCAAAACGUGAUUAAUGUCUCAAAUAAAAAUAUAAUUCGUGUAAAUAAAUAGUAUUAUUGUGACAAUUUGUAUGGAAGUGUGUAUGCAAUGUAUCGGUGAUUACAUUCCAA